AGAAGAUGACUUUUAAAUGCAUCGAGUUUCAUUGCGGGGAGGAGUUAUCUCCAUCCUCUGACUUUGAAAAGUACGAACAUUUCAAGUUUUCAACUCUUGUCUUCUCCACCAACCUCUUCUCAUUUCACCAGCCACGCUCUCUCUCUUUUGCUUCUUAGCACGCCACCCAUGGGCCAUUGCUGCAGCAAAAAUCUUUCCGCCGUCAACAAUGAAACCUCCCACCCCGACCCUCACCAGAAACCUCCACAUUCCGCUGCAUCGCCCCGCUCUUCUGUCCAUUCGGUCUCCGGAGCCACCGAUGCUACCCCUGCCCGCCAUAGUUACGCCAACUCCUACUCUACCAGUCCCUUUAACAGCCCCCUUCCGCCUGGAGUGCUGCCGUCUCCGGGUGGGACUCCCGGCAGGAAAUUUCGAUGGCCUCUGCCGCCUCCGUCGCCCGUGAAGCCGAUCAUGGCGGCAAUGCUGAAACGGCAGGGGAAGGCUCGGCCUAAGGAGGGCUACAUACCGGAGGAGCCAGAGGAAAGAACAGGGGGUGAGAGUCGGCUGGAUAAGAGCUUUGGGUUUGCCAAGAAUAUUGACUCCAAGUAUGAGCUGGGAAAAGAAAUCGGUCGAGGACACUUUGGUCAUACUCACCUGGCCAAAGCAAAAAAGGGAGCGCUCAAGGGGCAGUCUGUGGCUGUGAAAAUAAUAUCCAAAGCUAAGAUGACAACAGCCGUAGCAAUUGAAGAUGUACGGAGGGAGGUGAAAAUGUUGAAGGCCUUGUCUGGUCAUAAAAAUGUAGUCAAGUUUCAUGAUGCAUUUGAGGAUGCCAAUAACGUCUACAUAGUGAUGGAAUUGUGCGAUGGAGGCGAACUACUUGACAGAAUUCUCUCAAGAGGGGGAAGAUACACAGAAGAAGAUGCUAAAACUAUUCUUUUUCAAGCUCUAAACGUAAUAGCCUAUUGUCAUCUUCAAGGAGUUGUUCAUCGUGAUCUAAAACCAGAGAAUUUUCUCUUUGUCUCAAAAGAUGAUGAUUCUCAGAUGAAGCUUAUAGACUUCGGUCUAUCUGAUUUCGUGAGACCAGGUGAACGUCUGAGCGAUGUUGUUGGCAGUGCCUACUAUGUUGCACCUGAAGUGCUCCAUAGAUCUUACAGUGUUGAAGCAGAUUUAUGGAGUAUUGGGGUUAUAACAUACAUAUUAUUAUGUGGAAGCAGACCAUUCUGGGCACGCUCUGAAUCAGGAAUCUUUCGGUCUGUGCUAAAAGCUAAUCCUAACUUCGAUGAUUCACCUUGGCCGUCUGUAUCACCAGAGGCUAAAGACUUUGUAAAGAGACUCUUGAACAAGGAUCUCAGGAAAAGGAUGACCGCUGCCCAAGCAUUAACUCACCCGUGGUUGAAAAAUGAAAAUCAAGCCAUUCCAUUAGACAUUUUUAUCUACAAGCAAGUCAAAUCAUAUUUGCAUGCCACGCCUCUAAGACGUGCAGCACUCAAGGCUCUCUCUAAAGCGUUGACAGAAGAUGAGCUUAUAUACCUUAGAGCACAGUUUAGCCUCUUGGGACCAAAAAAUGGUCGCGUUUCGCUUGACAAUUUUCGAGCGGCUCUGAUGAAAAAUGCAACUGGUAUCAUGAAGGAAGCCCCGGACAUUUUAAACUUGAUGGAUUCACCUGCCUCCAUAAAAAUGGACUUCGAAGAGUUUUGUGCUGCUGCAAUCAGUGUGUACCAGCUUGAGGUUCAUGAAGAGUGGGACAGAAUCUCAAAAACAGCAUUCGAGCAUUUCGAACAAGCAGGAAACGUAGUCAUUUCAGUUGAGGGGUUGGCAAAGGAGAUGAAUGUGGGUGCUUCAUCAUGCUCUUUACCAGGCAACUGGAUCCGAGAAUCGGACGGAAAACUCAGCUUUGUUGGAUACAAGAAGUUUUUGCACGACAUCACUGUUCGCAGUGCAAACAAAAGACAGCGACAGAAUGCUGCGUGAUUAAUUAUAGAAAAAUGUUGGGCUUAUUUGAUUUUUAUGUUCUAGUAAGAAUUCUGUAGGGUGAUUUUUUAAAACAAGUUUUGAAAUUAAAAAAAAUAAAAAAAAACCUGUUUGAAUUAUUGAGUUGACAAAAACAUGUAUAAAGUAGUAAAAUGGAAGGAGAAAAAAAUGAAUUUGUAUACAACUUUUAAUUUUUGUGCUUCCAGAACAUGUAAUAAAAGAACACGUUUUUUUAAUAAUUUUUUUAUUGGUUUUUUAUUUUUCACAACAAA